UUUCAGAAUGGAUCCCACCAAUCUGGAAGAAAGCGUGCUGCAAGCUACCAAACUGAUUGAAGAGCAGGUAGAUGCUGCCAUUGAGAAACUUGACAAGCUGGAAGAUGAAGAUCUUCAAGCCCUUCAGCGGAAAAGAGCUGCUGCUUUGAAGAAACAAAUGAAGAAAAAAGAUGAAUGGAUUGCUAAUGGACAUGGACAAUAUAGUGAACUGGCUAGUGAGAAAGAAUUUUUUGAUGUUUGCAAGAAAAGUGAAAACCUUGUAUGCCACUUUUAUCGCUCUAGCACAAUGCGUUGCGCUAUUGUUGACAAACAUCUCACAGAUUUGGCACCAAAGCAUAUUGAAACUAAAUUUUGCAAAAUUGAUGCUGAAAAGUCACCAUUUCUUACUCAGCGUUUGAAAAUACGUGUUUUGCCGACAAUCGUGCUCUGCAAAGAUGCUAAAAGCAUUGAUGUUAUUGUUGGAUUUGAUGAUCUUGGCGGUGUUGAUGAUUUUUCUACUGAAAUAUUAGAAUGGCGUAUUGCUCAAGCUGAAGUAAUUAAUUAUAGUGGUGAUUUAACUUCUCCUCCUGGUACUAGCAAGCAGGUGAAAAAGUCUUUUAUUACUUUUAAGCCAAAAACUAUUCGAGGUCAUUGCGAUGACAGUGAUAGUGACUAAUAAGUGGUGCAUGUAUGAGACUGUCAUCAUCUUAUUUGCUACAAUUAUUUAUAAAAGUCUAUGGAAGUUUGGAAUGUAUAUGUGCAAAACUUUUAACACUGCUUGAGAAUAAAUAUUCUUCCAUUUGA